AUGGAGAAUGUGAAAGUGAGAGUGAAACAAUUUGGCUUGACAAAGCCAAUUUCUUAUGUGAAACCUACUGAUUUCGAUAUAAGAAGAAGUUUCGAGUUAGAGAAAGUGUUGUGGGAUGGUGGGGUGUACCAAGUUGAGGAAGAAGCAAGGAAGAGGGAAGAGAUUAUUGAAAAGCUACGUGUGGUUGUUAAGAGCUGGGUAAAGCAAGUAACUCGGUGGAAAGGAUAUACAGAUAAAAUGGUCGAGAAUGCCAAUGCUUUGAUUGUAACUUUUGGGUCAUAUCGGCUUGGGGUACAUGGCCCUGGAUCAGACAUCGAUACUCUGUGUAUUGGGCCAUCCUAUGUGAAUCGGGAGGAAGACUUCUUCAUUAGGUUGCAUAAUAUCUUGAUUGGUAUGGAAGAAGUGUCGGAACUGCUAGCAAUCCCCCAUGCCCAUGUCCCAGUAAUGAAGUUCAAGUUCGAGGGAGUAUCAAUUGAUCUUCUGUAUGCAAGUGUCUCCCAUUUGGUUGUUCCUGAUGACUUAGAUAUCUCCAAUGAAUCUAUACUAUAUGAAGCUGAUGAGCCAACAGUUCGAAGUCUCAGCGGCUGCAGGGUUGCAGACCAAAUUCUUCGACUUGUUCCAAAUGUUGAACAUUUUCGCACAACGCUCAGAUGUUUGAAGUUUUGGGCUAAAAGGCGCGGUGUUUAUUCAAAUGUUACCGGAUUUCUUGGUGGGGUGAAUUUGGCUCUUCUAGUUGCUCGUGUUUGCCAGCUUUAUCCUAAUGCAAAUACCAGUAUGUUGGUUUCGCGUUUCUUCAGAGUUUAUACUCAGUGGCAUUGGCCCAACCCUGUAAUGCUGUGUCCCAUAGAAGACAAAGAGCUUGGUUUUCCAGUAUGGGAUCCUCGCAGAAACCCCUUGGACAGGAAUCAUCAUAUGCCAAUCAUCACACCAGCAUACCCAAACAUGAAUUCCAGCUACAGUGUUUCAACAAGUACUCUUGAGGCUAUGAUGAAGCAGUUCCACACCGCCAAUAAAAUCUGCAAUGACAUUGAGCUCAAUAAAUCCAGCUGGGGUGCCCUGUUUGAGCCUUUCCUCUUCUUUAGAUCAUACCAAAACUACCUCCAGGUUGACAUAACUGCGACAGAUGCUGAUGAUUUACGUGCUUGGAAAGGUUGGGUGGAGUCCAGGUUGAGGCAGCUGACUCUAAAGGUAGAGCGAUGUACAAUUGGAAAGCUGCUAUGCGUUCCAUGUCCGCGUGAAUACGUCGAUACAUCCAGGCAGUGUUGCCAUUGCACUUAUUUCAUGGGGUUGAGGAAGAAACCGGGAGUGGAGGUAGGAGAAGUGAUCGACAUACGUGUGGCAACUCAGGAGUUCAAGGAAGAAAUAGUAAACAUGUUCUCGUUCUGGACACCAGGAAUGGAAAUCCAUGUAUCUCAUGUUCUCAAGAAUCAGCUCCCAUCUUAUGUUUUUCCAGAUGAGUAUAGAAAAAGGUCUCAGUCAUCAAAGUCCAUAAACCAGCAACAUCAAAACAAGAGGAAAAUAAAUUCUGAGAUGGUUGAUGGGAAGCCCAGUGCUUCUGGGUGUAUGUCUGGUGGAAUGUCAAACAGCUCCAGUCAGCUGAAGGCAGAUAUGGGAUCAUGCAAGACUGGGUAUAAGAGGAGAAGAUUAACACCUGAAGAGGGUUUUGGUGAGGAGAGUAAAGGGUUAUCGGUAUCAGAAUCAGAAUCAGAAUCAGAUGGGCUAGCAAAGGAAAAAGGCUCAAGCUUACUGCAAAAUGCCUUGCUGAAGGAGGUAGAGGUCUCUGAAAAUUUUCUCUGA